ACAAAUUUAAAGCUCGAUGUCAAUUUGAAGUUCGCGCCAGUACGAUUUUUAUCCGAACAAUCGAUUUAUAACCGAUUCUUGAGUUCGAACAUCGACUAGAAAUUUCAUUUCUGAACGUAAAGUAGUGCGUCAAAAUGGCGUCAAAAAAAAGAAAAAGAAAAAAAAAGAUAUGUCAAUUGUCAAAUUGUGGAUGUGGAUGGCGUCAGGCAGGCGUCCGUCUACUUCUCGAGAAAUAUCGCAAUUGCAGUAGAGUGAAGUUUCAAUAAUACGAGUACAACAACAUUCCGUAUAACUUUGAGUGAUCUUGUAAUGUGAAUAAUAAGUCCUGAAAAUGGGAAAAAUUGGGGAUUCUAACUCAAAUACUUGCUCCGUACCGGAGUGCAAAUCUCGGAGUACGAAUGAAAUAACACUUUUUCAUUAUCCUAAAGAAGAGGCGCAGAGGAAAAAAUGGACUGAUGCUAUCAAAAUUGACAGUAAAAUUACUCAAAACAUGCAGGUUUGCAGCCGUCAUUUUGUGAAGAGUGAUUAUAUUAUAUCAGAUAAUGCAGGUGUCAAAGUCAAGAGGCUGAAGAAAUCAGCAGUUCCAUCUCAAAACUUGCCGUGGCAGUUCCCGAACAAAAGAGUCAGUCCGACCCUAGCCAAGGCUCGUAUGGAGCGCUUGAAGAACCGACUACAGAAAGUAUCUGUUUCUCCUGGCAGUAAACCUGAAAUUUCAGCCACUAAACCAGAGAUUCCAGCUACAAAACCUGAAAGUGGGAAAAAAUCUGAAUCUAAUAAAAAACCUGAGUCAGUAUUAAAAUCUACUGAAAAAACAGAGUAUACAGAAGAAGUAAAGAGUGAGGUGGUAAGUGAGGAAGAUGAUAUAUCUACUGGAAAUACAUCUGUAGGUCCUGAUGUGGAGGAAAAUGAAGAAACUGUUGAAGAGAAUGGAGGUGAAGCUUCAGAGGCUAAAAAAGAUGAUAAUAAACCUGCCCGUGGCCCGACGAGGCUCCGACAGCGGGAGGGAACGAUAAAAUGCGAGUAUUGCGGUAGAAAGUGUCUUACGCCCCAAGCGUUGCAGACUCAUCAACAAAUUGCGCAUAAAAACGCUAGAAAUAACCUAAUUAGUCUUAAAAAGGAUUUUCCGAUUAAUAAUAAGACUAAAUUAUCGCCUAAACCAACUAGUGUGCCGUUAAUUUCUGUGAAAAGUCCCGAAAAUCUGCUGGCAAAACCACUGGUGAAAGCCAGGCCUGUUGUAUCUCUGAACAAACGCGAGGUGGAGAAAGUGCUUCAAGACGACAGUGAUUACAUCCCCUCAGAGAGUGACUCCUCUGAUGUGAGUGUGAAGGAAGAGAUUGUUGAAAAACAGGAACAGCGGAAGACUGAAUUUGAAUGCCCAAAGUGUAAGAGGCGGUUUGCUGUGUACUUUAUGGCAUACAAGCAUAUACAGAGGCAUCAUCCUGGGACGCCAAACGGAAGUAAAACGGCAAACCUUCUCCUGAAACCAACGCGCAUAGAGAUUUGCACGAUCUGCAACACGUCUGUCGACAGCAACUCCCAUGUUUGUGCCGGGCCACUAAAGUUAUCCAUGGGGCUUGUAUGCACCGGCUGCGAUCAGGAGUUCAAGACCCUCUCUCUGUUCGACAUGCACAAAAGCAGCAUGCAUAGCGAUGGAGUUGAGAGCAUGUUCUUCUCUACUCUAUGUGAAUUUGAAAACUGGAGGCAGAAAAUGGAAAACCAAACUAAAGCGAAUUACACAAUAUUGGACCAGAAUGAUACGAAGAAAAUCUACCGCUGCACUUAUCAUACUGGGGCACGGACUGGGCAUAGCCAACAGCGGAUGUGUCCGUCUUGUGUCGUGGUUCAAGAGUUCACCAAGGGCUUCCAGGUCCACUACUACCCUAUCCACUACGGUCACGACUACCAGAAGUACAGCCUCAGCAGCGCCUUCCAGCAGUACUCCAUCACCUCCCUCAUGAACCUGACGGCCAAGCAGCUCCCCGACGACGAGCCCCUCAAGACAACGGACCUGGACAGCCCAGACCUCUACUUGCAGUUCCAGAAGAUUACUGAAACCAUUGUGACCGAAGCAGCUAGAAUUAAUGUCAACGGGCUUAAGACACUCAUGCGAAAAGCAUUAGAAAUGAUGGAAGUUAUUAACAGCUACGUGGAAGAUGAUGAUGAUGAUGGCAUAACUAGCUCUAAUUCCAUUUUAAAACUAGAUUCUGGUAAAGAUAAUUUGCAAGAUGAAGUUAAAUUAGCCCUGUCUAAUUUUAAAAGAAAAUCAAAAGCAAACGCAGAUCAUGAAACACCGCCAAAAAAGAGCAAACCAGUGUUUCAAAGCACUGAAAAUACUUUGAAAACGCCUAAAAACAACUCUAGGUCUAGUUUGCCAUCAAAAAAAGAAGAUGUCAAAAAAGAUACGUUAAAGCUAAAUCAAUCUCCAACAUUUAUAGAUACUUUUCAGGACUUUGUGGGUAAAAGUAUAACGAAAACUGAUGACAGAUUUGUGAAAAAGAGUCUCGGUAGAAAAACGCCUCCGGUCAAAACUAAAAUCGGUCAAUUUAAACCAAAAACUCCUCCUAAAAAAGUCUCGUUCUCUCCAACAAAGAACUCUUCUCCUAGAAAAAGUAUAAAAGAAAUAGAAUAUGAGGUGAAAGAACAGGAGAAUGACUGUAAUAUAUUGAUCUUGAAGAUUUAGUGCUUUAGAAAAUGGACUGAAAAUAAUUGUACGCGUGUCGCGUCGAGAGACACAGGCUCCCCGCCCGACAGCCAAGCCGCGCCUGCCCGCGUCGCCGCACGAACUUGAAUAGUAUCGAUUUCUCAUAAACUAAUUAUAUAAUUGAAAAAUCGGCAGACGUAAUUGAAGUACACAUUAUUAUUCACUAUUGGUUACAGUUUCGUGUCUAAGCGUUGCAUAAUAAGGGAGUUUAUAUGAAUUUUGGCUCGAAAAAAGUGUUCACGGAAAAAAUAAAUACUUGUGAUAUGAUAUGUUUUUUGAACUAUCAGUAGCUAAAAUAUUGUGUAGAGAACUUAAUUAUUUAUACAACAUUCAAGCAUACUAUAGCGAGGUAAAAACAGAGAAUUUGGCUUGGUAGCCCCUUAAAUGAGCAAUGCUUGUGUAUUUAUAUAUUUUGGCGAUCUUUGAAUGAAACGGCUCUAAUGAUUUCGAUGAAAUUUGCUGUAUGGGGGUUUUCGGGGGCGAAAAAUUGAUCUAGCUAAGACUGAUCUCUGGGAAAAUGCGCAUUUUUGAGUUUUCCAAAGAUCGGUCUCCCAGAUAUACCUUAUACACCUUAUACAGAUAUUGAAAUGCAAAUGAAUAAGUUCGUCCGCUAGCUGGCGCGGGUGAGCGGGUUAAAGAAAAAUAGUAUGAGCGUGAUGGAUUUUACCUAUACUCUGUAUCUUUAGGUAUUUAAAUAAAAGUAAACAAACAAUUUGUACAUUUUCGGGUAGUUAUAACAUUUAUUGGUUAACCAACCAAAUACAGAACCACCUGGAUCUGUGACUGAACGACCUGACUUAUUUAUUUAUACUUACAUUAUUUGAUCAUGUAAUGUUUUCAUCUACCCUCAUCUGGUUUAAGGAUCCAUUUGAGGGUAGAAUUUGUUUGCUUUUAUUUAAAUACCUAAAGAUACAGAGUAUACACCCGCAUCAGCGUGGGUGCGCCCGCUCCGUGCACCCGCCCACGCGACGCGGACGUCCUUAUGUCCACCAAGUCAUGAAUUUUGUUGGAAUGCACGAAGAUUGUUAUUGGGGUGUAGCCGCACGCGUUAAUGAUGACACUGGAGUUUCCGGCCUUCGAGCAAUACCGGCUUCCGACACGUCGGAAGCGAGGGGCCUAAGCGAUAUCUUACCGAACAAAUCAUUCUGCCAUUUUUUGCGGGGGGAAACGUGCACACAGUCGCACUUCUCCUCACUACAUACAAAAUCCAAUCUGUAGGUAAUGACGACACAAAUACAGAUACACCUCGAUCUCUUUUUGUGUACGGACGAGACACAACAUGCACCGCCAUAGGUACAGUUGUACCUAUGCUUCGGCAGAGGGGAAAUAGUAUGAAUGCCGUCUUCCUUCCCGGUGUUGCUCGAAGUUUCCGGCGCUUCGUUUUCUAUGGAAAUCACCACGUGAUCACUGCCUCGCCAAAAUCGAAAUUCGUCAAUUGCGGGCAUUUGUAUUGUAUUGUAUUGUAUUCGGGCGAUUAUCCGCAACUCGACGACUUGCGCCUAUUUUGCGUGAUAUGUUGGGGGUGGGCUAGUUGCGGGCAUUUUUCUCUUGUCACUAAUUACGUCUAGUGAGAGUAAAAAAGAAAGAUCUCCGCAAUUUGCGAAUUUCGGUUUUCGCUGUAGGCCCCCAGCCGUCAUAGAAAAUGACGUUUCGUUUCGGUCGACAAAAACUUCUGUCUGUUCAUAAUUUAUACUCUGGUAAGCGAACUUUGUCAGUAGAACAAGGCGCGAAAUUCAAGUUUCGUAUGGGAAAUCGAAACUGCGCAUACAUUUUGCGCCUAACAAAGCUGCCUUGCCAGAGUAUACGAGUAUCUAGAAAAUUUAAGUUUUGCAUGUAAUUGAUGCGUUGUUUUUAUGUAAGCGUGUAUAUAUGAAUAAAGUAAGAUUGCUUUUAUAUA